ACGACGGCCAGACAGGUACCAUCCCGUUUGCUAGACGGAUGGACGAUCGCGCGGUAUAGAUUGGUGCGAGCGCGUAAGAGUCACAGAGAAGAUUUCCAAGUGCGAUCGGUUUCGGUAUAGCUAGUCCCGCGAGAACGAGUCCUGGUUUCGCCGAUGCCGCCUAUGGGCUGACGAUCGACGAGUGCAACGCGCGCGAUAAGAGAGACUCGAGACACGCGAGGUCGGUGCACCGGUUCGAAAUUCGAUCGCAGGCGUAGCGCGCGAUUCAUGCCGACGAAUCGACUUGCAAGACGAGAGCAAGUUCAGUGAAGAAGUGAUCGGAGGGAUCAGUGAUCUCUCUCGAACGGAAAGGCACGCAGAAGGGACGAUCCGACCACGACAAGGGCAAGGUCGCGUUUCCUCUCUCGCGCGGAAGCAGACCGGAAGAGCGGACCCGUCGUCUGCCGGAAUUAAAACGACGUUAUGAGACGCGCUUAACGUGCCCUCUCGGUUGCACCCAAGGUUAAUGCGCUGCACGAUGGUUGCUGAGAAAGGUGUCUGUCUGCUGUUCAUCUUCCUUACUCUCACAUGCGUUUUUUCUCACGCUUGGACGCCUCGAAAUGAAGGCAGAAAGCUGUUUGGCGGCUACACGAUAGUACCGAAGGCGUGCCGGCCGUCGUUGCCGUCGCGCAUCAAGUCGAGCGAACCGGCGAUAUGCAUGUUUAAUUACGAAUGCACAAGGCGUAACGGCGAGGUCGUCGGCGCCUGCAUGGACGGCUUCCUCUUCGGUGCGUGCUGCCAAUUACCGCCGAAGAGCUCGACGAACGGAGGCAAUGAUUCGCCCGGUACCGAGGCGCUUCUCAAUCUGCAUCAAAUCGACCACGUACCUGACAUACCUAUUCUGCUGAAUCCAGACGGUACGCCGGUUGGCAUGUCGGUACCGCCAAGUGGCGAGACAACGAAAACCGGCACGUCGUCGACCGGCGAUAAGCCGAAUGUCUCGAGCGGCGGCGAAACGAUAUACACGAAGAUCUCUAGUUCGAAUCAAGGCUCUUCGUCGACACUAUCGUCGUCCGAUACGACGAACAAUGCCGAAAAAACACAAUUGCCCCAACAGGCGGACGUAAGUCACUUGGCCCAAGACUUCCCGGUUCUUCUGGGUCAGCAAGACAUCAUCGAUGACUUGAGAUUGCCAGGAUUGUUGACGCAUUCAGAUUCUAAUAACGAUAUCCAAGAUCAUCAAGAUCACCCACCGGCAGCGAAUCCGAUCACUACGUUGUUAAAUCCCAAUCAGAUUCUGCAAAUAGCAGAUCCAGUCGAUCAGCUUCCGGCAUUGUUCUCGCAAGGACUGAGCCAAAACAAUCACAGCGAUCCAGAGACGAUAUUAUUAAAUGAGAACGGCACGCUGCUCGAGGAGAUCAACAAUCCGGAGAUCUUCCGACCUUCCUCCACUGAAAUGCCGAUCGAUGAGGACGUGCAAGAUGGAAGUAUAUGGAUCAAAUUCUCGGAGCAGCCUUCCACGAUGGAGUUAACGUCCACGUCGCAAGCUCCCAAAUCGACACCCGUGAUAACAAAUAUGCCCGUGGUGACUCAGCUGUACACCAAUGUACAGAAGCUUACGAGCGAUUUACCUAGCACGCCAUCGACAAGCACAAUCGAGAAGACGAACACAAUCGAGAAGAAAAUGUCUACGAAAAUGGCGACGGAUUCAAUGAAAGUCGAAGUUACUACGCCAAUGACCUCUUCGAGUAUCGAAGAUGAUCUGGUGAAGGUACCGACCAUUAUAUACGAUCUACCAUCGGGCAACAAGAAGAAGGAUGAUGUUCUCGAUAAAGAGGAGAUUGCCAUUAAUCACAUAAUCUCUAUCUUAAACGACACUACGCCGAACUCGGACGUAUCGGUGACUCUACCGGUUCCAAAUUCUUCGCCGGUUCAGGCCUGGGUGAGUAUCGACGAGACCUCGAAGCCCACCCACGUCAAAGUCAGUUCCUCGAAUUAUCGACCUACAACGCCCGUAUCGUCGACUUUCCCGUACAGUUUUUAUAAACCUGGUUCCCUGCAGCCCAAACCUUCCUCGACGUACUACAACUACGAGCUCGUACCCACCGAGACGACUUACACGUCGCAUCGUCCGACCUCGAGCGGCUCAUACGGUUCACGGCCAUCCACGCAAACCUACUCCGGCGCUUCCAGCAGCAGUUUCAUCAACAACCGACCUACGACGAACCCUCCGGCGCCAACGGUGAUAGUCCUCGGCCCGCUUGGAACGAGCUAUACCACGCAAAUUACUCAGAAACCUAUCACGAGAAAGCCUUCGGCUACAACCACCAAGCCCGCUCCAAUUUCGAUUAAAACCACUCCCGUUAGACCUACGUUAAUCACCAAGAAGCCCAGCGUGUCUACUACCAUAACUCACAACAUCAGCACCGUCAUUUCCAACGUCGCCAAUAACAACGUGGUCUCCACUAGCUAUAUUAGCGUUAACCUAAAGGACGGCACCAGCGCGAAACCGAUAGUCGAUGUCAGCACCGAGGCGAUCGCGGCAGAAACCUCAAACACGAAAAUUCGGCCGAGCACGAAGAGGCCCGUAAUCUGGACCACGGUCUCAUCGUGGUCGAGCAAGCCGGCGUUCAAUCUGAAACCGGCGACGUCCGGCGUCACUUGGUCGAACAAUAAUCUGACACCGAUUAACAGUCUUAUAUUCAAGGAUACCGUAAACGAAGCUACCACCGCUGCAUUUUAUGAUGAUGAAACUGCGGCGCCGGACGACCUCAUCAACUUCCCGCCAGUGCGAAAUCCGAAUCUCAACAUCUCUAUGCCGGUCUCGCAACAAGAGAAGCCGACAAUCGUCGAGACAUAUAACAACACCGGCUACCCGGAUAUCGAGUUGAUCAGCGAGCACGAUAUACCGACGCCCACAUUCGUCGAGGACGAUGUGCUGACGAACAAGGUGGACGCUUUCGUUGAAAAUCUCGUCCAAUCGCUGCAGGGUACCUUCCAGAAUUUACAAGAAGUGGUCUACACUCGAAAUAGCACCGUAGAGACUCCAACAACAUCUUCUACCGUAACGAGAAGACCGACCAGUGGAAACACUACGACAAAAAGACCUACGCGAAAGCCCACAACUAGACCGUUGUCGCCGUCAUCGUCGGCGACGACGAAGAGACCAUCCGCGACAACGAGAAGGCCUACUCGUCCCACUCAGAAACCACCGACGUCCGAGAAGCCAGCGCGUCCCACUAAAGUAACCACUCCGAGACCUAAACCAAACGCAUCGCAGAACGUCACGACGAAAAGGCCCCAAGUAACGACGAAACGUCCGAAACCAACCAGGAGACCCACGACUACGCCGUCCACCAGCACGCAAGCGAUUCCACUGGAAGAACAGAGUCUGAACGCGACUGAAAGCAGCGUUGCAGAAACGGAUGCCGCGCCAGACUUUCGGACUCAAUGCGGCGUGAGACCAUUGGUCUCGAGAUCGGGAAAAAUAGUCGGCGGAAAAGGCGCGCAGUUUGGAGAAUGGCCAUGGCAGGUCUUGGUUCGCGAGGCGACCUGGCUCGGCUUGUUCACGAAGAAUAAAUGCGGAGGUGUACUUAUCACUGAUAAAUAUGUGAUGACAGCAGCCCAUUGUCAACCAGGAUUUCUAGCUUCCUUGGUCGCGGUGUUCGGCGAAUUCGACAUUUCGGGUGAAUUAGAGCCGAAGCGCAGCAUAACGAAAAACGUUCGCCGUGUCAUCGUGAACCGCGGCUACGAUCCAGCGACAUUCGAGAAUGACCUAGCGCUGCUGGAGCUGGAGUCACCGGUGCAGUUUGACGAGCACAUCGUCCCGAUCUGUAUGCCGGAGGACGGCAUCGACUUCACCGGCCGAAUGGCGACGGUCACUGGCUGGGGCCGGCUUAAAUACAAUGGUGGUGUGCCGUCGGUGCUGCAGGAGGUCCAAGUGCCCAUAAUGGAGAACUCGGUUUGCCAGGAGAUGUUCCAAACCGCCGAUCAUGCGAAAUUGAUUUUGGAUAGCUUCCUCUGUGCGGGAUACGCUAAUGGCCAGAAGGAUUCUUGCGAGGGUGACAGUGGUGGCCCGCUAGUGAUGGAACGACCAGACGGCAGAUGGUUCCUAGUCGGGACCGUUUCUCACGGCAUUAAAUGUGCGGCCCCGUAUCUACCGGGUGUGUACAUGAGGACGACUUACUUCAAGCCCUGGCUGCACAGCAUCACCGGAGUUUGAGAAGCUGGGCCGCAAUCGUCAUCUCACGUUCUCGCGUAAUUACGCGAGCGGCACCGGAUGCCAUUCUGUAUAAAUGUACAAAGAAAACCUAAUUUAUUUCCCCUCGAGAUAUAGCGUAUGAAACUCAAUUAAGUAACACAAUCGCAGAUGUAACCGUACUUGAAUGUCAGAAGGCUAUAUCGAUUUCUGAAUAAUAACGAGACGCCCCGUUCUCUUCUGCAUCCGUUAUAUUUCAUGUUUUCCAUUAGCGCAAGAAGUAACACUUGCAUAAGCAGCAACUUAUACCGAGCAAACUUCUACUACACGGUAAAGGAAAAGAAAGAGAGAGGAAGAAAAGGAAAAGAAUGAAGAGAGACAAGUACACCAACUUGAGUCUCAAGUUAUUUAAAUUUCGAAAUAGAAUUCUACACGGAAUUGUCUGCGGCAAAACACUGCUUCUCGGUGCACGACCAGUGCUCGAUGUUGCAUUUAUGCGUAUCAAUGUUUAAACUCGUCUUUAUGCGUGGUGUAUACGUAUUAUGCUGAGUCAGCAUUAAAGUGGGUUCAGACUCUGAGAAGUCCUAAAUCGUUAUCACUCGACCUGGACAGAUUCCUGUCGAUUCCUUAACUUUCUUCCACAAUCGAAGAAACAGAUGAACGACAAAUAAUUCACGAUUUGCGUCAAUACUCUCUAUAUAUAAUAUAUAGCGAACUCCUUUUACCAACUUUGAAACCGACUUUUCUUUAUCAAAAAUCUUUAACAAAAGUUUCUUAUAGUUAAUAAUAAUUAAUAACUUAGAAAUUAUUUGCUCCUAGCUCCUAAACAGAUCAAGGAAAAAUAGACUCCAAAUUAAUUAUACUUUCCAAAUUAGUACCAAUAAUAACUCGUUAUCAAAGACACGUGCAUGAAUUUUGAAUUAUCGCGCAUAUAUACAUAUAUAACACGAGUGAAUUUAAAAAACCGCAAACAUUCCCUUCAUAUUUUUUAUCUCUGCCUGCUCCGCAAAUAUUCGCGCCAACUCCGUUGAUACAUACAUAAGUGCAUAAAGACGAGCUACAAGCCCUAUUUAUUUCA